AUGGGCCACUCGUUAUUUCUUCUUUUCGCAACAUUCGCUCGCCUGGUGCUGAGCUACGGAAUACCCCAGGGAGUGGUUCACGGCCAGGUGGUACGUCGUUGCGAUAAUGAACCUUAUGGCCCGAUAUAUCAGGGCAACGAAACCCAGCCGUUUGGAAGGGAGACUGUUCCUCCCGGAACGACUAUUGGACCUAUCAUCACUCCACCUCCCCUUCCAUACUGCGAUGAAAACCAUGGCUUUCCUUGCGCUACUCCAGGAUAUCCGGAGCCCCUGAGAUCGAACUGGUCUUUGUUGAAUCAAACUCUUACGGCCAAUGCCACAAACAACCAAACUGGGCAGUUUACCUUUGGUCCCGAGCAGAGUUCAACGCCUUCAUCAGCGCCCUCCAAUAACUCGGACUACACAUCCAGUGCUACGCCUUUUCCCAAUGACAAUAGUAUGACUACUAUGGUCAUGAAUGUUACAGUAACGGUCGGAGUUGCUUCUAGCCAGACUGGAUCUUCUCCGGCUUUCAAUUCAUCGUGCCAGUCCCUUUCAGGCUCCAGAUGCUUGGGCCCGAACGCGCCCUUGACAAGUGGUGAAGUUCCUCUCUGGGGCAACAAUUCUUUUGUGCCUUCAAGCUCGUCGGAAUCUCACAGCAGCCGAGUUUUCACAGUCCUGACCAUUGAUUUCACGCCUCCGCCUGAGUCAGUCGUUGCGACUGUGUUUGAGCCAGAGCCCUCAGAGACCGCCAACGAGGCCUCGUCCUCUCUGAUCAAUGCAAAAGGCUCUCCAUCACCCUUGAUAAUGACAAUCGUGACCAUUGCGGUCGGCUCAAAUACGCGCACAGCACAAACGACAUCAUCGACCAGCGCUAGCUACAGUUCUACAACCUCGCAGGAUGUAGGCGCACUCAAUGGUAGCACCACAUCGACUAUGCCAUCAUCUGUGUCCAACAAUGGCAAUGGUCUCAAUUCUUCAAGCACCUCAGCCUCGUCUAACUUGACGUCGGGCUCGGGAGUCUUUGGCCCGUUGACGACAGGUCCCAGUGCCACGGGUACAGCGUCCAUGUCGAACUCAUCGUCAAACGAGAACAUGACUAGCUCCGCCCCAUUCUGGAGCAACAGGACAACGACAUCUGCCACCAACUUGACGACUGCUUCAGCUUGGCUCGACUGGAACAUGACGGCAGGGGUCGUGAGCGCCUGGUCCCAGUAUAACAUUUCUUUCCAACCCACGGCCACAGGUGGGAAUAGUUCAGAGUCCCUUGCCAGUCCGACCAUGACGAGUAGUUCUUCCUGGAACAGUUCCGUGACAGCGAUUUUUCCUUCCACCACCAACAGUACAGUCUCGAGUACAGCGUCGGAUAACUCCACGAACUUCUUACCCACGUUGACUUCCAACAGCAUGAAUUCUACUUCGCCCACAGAGACCUCGGCCAUCACUGCCAGCCCCAACAACAGCUCAAGCAACAGCUCAAGCUCUUGGUCCAGUGAAGUUGGUCCAACAUCGCUGAGUCCGAACGCCUCGACGAUCUGCGAUACCAAUGCCACAGUGGCAUUUUGUACUGGCAGUAACGCUCCAUGGCUCGCUCCAGAAACUACCGCUGCCUCGCUUACGAGUACAAACAACGGCACGGGUUGGACUGUGACCUCAAUGGGAGCAACUACGCUUUCCACAUCGUUCCUGUCAGCAAGUGGUAGCGGCGACGGGGCCAGUGGCAAGAAUACCACCUCAGCGACCUGGCACCCGAUGUUUCAGCCUCAUCGAGUAGAAGGUCGGUCUCGAGGACGAUUACAUGAAAGAGAGCACGAAAGAGGACGCGCGAGUAAUGAGCCGUACAGCGACGCAGGUGGCCACCGUGAUCGUGAUCACGAGCAGAAGAAGGCAGAGCUUAUGGCUUGGGUGAGGCCUCAGAGGGCGAGGAUGUUUUUGCUUCUCUGA